AUGGCACUAUCAUCACAUCUAGCCAAGAAACAUGAAUUCCACCCUGCAGGUGCUGGUGACUUGCGAAGUCCGUGUCCUGUGCUUAACGCACUUGCGAACCACGGUAUAAUAUCCUGUGAUGGCCGUAAUAUUACGGCUAAUCAGCUGAAGGACGCCCUCAAGUAUAUUGGCGUGGGCAUCGACAUCAGGCUAGGCCUUGUCAAUUCUGCGUAUGCUGUCCACGAUGAGCAUUCGCAUUGUGGCCUUCGCAACCUAGAACAGGUAGACGACUCCGGAAUACCUAAGCGGUAUAUCGAGCAAAAUGUAAAAAAUGAGAUUCUAGACUUUGGUUAUAGGGCUCACAUAGUGGCCUGUGCUGAAGCUGCUCUAUUCCAGGGCGUAUUUGGUGAAGGUGUCUUCCGUCAGUUGCUGGUUAAGUACGCGAAAGCCGUUUUCCAAGAGGAACGUUUACCAUUUAAUGAGGGCUGGACGCCGCGGUGGUUUGCAUUGAUAGUUCCUGAGUUGGCUAUGUUAGUUCUUAUAAUCUUGUAUUUUGCUUCCUAA